UUUGUUUUUCUUUAUUGACGCCGGCUGCUGAGGAUCCAAGAAAGGAAAAGCUAAACCCAUCAGAAAUCAGAAGGUAAAAAAGGGGAGAAUUUGGUCGAAAAUUUCCAGAAUGGCUUCCCCAGCUGCAGCUCGAAGAAAUGGAGGGGGCGUUCUUGAAGGCCUCUACAAAGUUGUUAUGCGCCGCACUCCUGUUUACGUCACCUUCGUCAUCGUCGGAGCUUUCGUCGGUGAACGGGUGGUGGACUAUGGGGUUCAUAAGCUCUGGGAGCAUAAUAACAUUGGGAAGCGUUACGAAGAUAUUCCAGUUUUGGGUCAGAGGCAGAGUGAAUGAAUCAGCUUUUGUACUUGAUAGUUUUGGUUGUCCAUCAUCAUUUCAGGUCAAAAUCAGACUUCUUGCAAUGAUCCAUUAAUAAUUAGUUCCUUAAUUGGACUAUGCAUGCAGAUUGGAGACUUGAGGUUUCUUUGAACUGUUAGAAUACCUUUUAUCUGUCAAGAUAUAUUUUCCCUUGUGUGGAAGUUCAUCUGAUAACCCGAUGGAUGCUUUUGAACAUUGAUUUUCACGAGAAGUAGAAGUUUAUUUGAUUAGGUGUUACUGAAGCUACUCUUUGGAGGCUAAGUCAAUGGUAAAACGAAUAUGGUUCUUA